AUGGCCGAAAUUUCGGAUUACAUCUUAGGCUUUGCUCAAGACGAAAACAAGCGCUUUAUGUUGUCGCCUUUCGUGCCGUAUGCCUUAUACCAGACCGCAGUAAUAGAAUUCCGUCUGUGGAAGCAGAAGGGUGAAUCACAACAUAAGGAAAGAGCAGACAGAAUGGUACAAUUACUCCGCCAUUUUAGCAAGCGCUGGUCUAUAGCCGUGACCCUACCAGCGCAGGAGUUUUACAUCAGCGAGGAAUCCCGUGAAAAUGAGCCUUAG